ACAUUUGACAAAUUUGAUCUUUCGAUUCGGCUAUUCGGCAUCUGUCGUACUCACUUUUCUGCAUUGAUUUGAUCUUAUAGUAUUUGCAUGUUUAUAAUAUACACAGGAUUAAUAAACGCAGUUAUCGAUCAGCAUGUUGCUGACCAUAUAUAAUUUGCCGUCAUCGACGCGGUAUACAGACGUGAAAGCGUUGAUACAGAGUAAUUGUGGCCUGAGCGAGGUGAUCUUGGAUAAUUUGGUAAAUGAUGUAAAUAAUACGAAGAAAGUGACUGUCGGGCUGCCCGAAGAGGAAGAUGCUGCCAUACUUACGAGGAAAAUUAACGGCAUGAUGGUAGAAGGAAAGAUUUUGUAUGUUGAAGCACUUAAGAAAAAGCAGGCAAACAUUAAUCAACAUCAACAGAAAUUACCGACGCCAGCUUAUGAAGGGGGUCCGCAAGCUAUGCAGCAAAGACAGCAACCAACUGCCCUGAUGCAAACACCAAUACCACGGCCUACGCUGCUCCAGCAACCAAUGCUGCAGCAGCCGUAUUACCAGCAGAACAAGUACCAUCAGCAACCCGCUCCGUCAGGGUUCCCCAACAUGCCGCUUCAACCACCGCCCAUGCCCUUUCCUGGGCUCUUUAGGGUACAGAAUCCAACUGCCAGCUAUGGCUAUCCACAACAAAUGCAGUACCAACCAUCACAGCAACCUAUGGUGGGGCAAAAUCUGGUGGGGUUUGAUAAAAGAGGGGCUCCUCUUGGAUUCGGCAGCCAAGAUAACAAUCCCAAAGCCAGUUUAAAUCAAAAUGAUUGGAAUAUGGCCGGGGAUGCCUCUGGUGGGAAUCAAAUGUCCCAACAGCACAAACCUAGGUUGCAACGAUGGGAGGCCACUGAUGAUCGAAGCAGUCGCCGAGAGAGUGCGCCUCGUGACUCCAACCGAAACCAACCUUCGCGCUUCGGACGGGAACCGUCUUCCCGUGACACGGGCCGUAACUCAUCUUCUCGCGACGUCGGCCGUGAUUCGUCUCGGCGCAGCUAUGGACGAGAUGUUCCCUCGCGCGAUCGUGACCGGAACUUCGAUCGCAGUCGUCGGCGGGUUACGCCUACUAACCUGGGAUCCGACCGCGGUCGGAAUGUGUCAAACCAAUAUGGGCAGGAUCGGGGUCGGGAUGCUACCAAUGACUUCGGCCACGAUCGUGGCCGGGACGCACCGAACGACUUCGGGCGCGAUCGUGGUCGAGAUGCAACUAGCGAUUUCAGACGUGACCGCGACCGGGAUACAACUAGCAACUACGGGCGAGAUAGAGGUCGGGACGAUCCUCACAACUAUAGACGUGAUCGGGAUGCACGUAACAGCCAAGGCCGCGACACUGGCAGGGAUGCCCCGGGCCGUGACCGCGGCCGCAACGCACCGCCGCGUCGUGCAUCCCGUGAUCAUGACAGAGACUCAUCUCAUAGAAGACCUGACCAACCUCGUGUUCCUAUGAAACGCCAGUUUUCGCCUUCCGGCACUCGAGCAUCUCAAAAUACUAACCAGGGGCCUCAGCGACAACAGCGAGGUGGUCCUAAAGCAAACCAACCUCGGGAUAGGCCCCCACAACCAACGAGGUCCGAGAGUAAUUAUGUACCACCUUUAAAACAACCCAAAAAUGGCGAUGGGCCGCCGAGAGCAAGUGCUCCACAGAGACUGAGUGCUCCGCAGAGACUGAGCGGUCCGCAAAGAUCGAGCGCUCCUCAGAGACAAGGCGCUCCGCAGAGACCGAGCGUUCCGCAGAGACCAGGCGCUCCGCUGAGACCGAGUGCCCCACAGCGACCGGGCGCUCCGCAGAGACCAGGCGCUCCGCAGAGACCGAGCGCUCCACAGAGACCAGGCGCUCCGCAGAGACCGAGUGCCCCACAAAGAGCGAGCGCUCCACAAAGACCCGGCGCUCCGCAGAGACCGAACGUUCCACAGAGACCAGGUGCUCCGCAGAGACCGAACGUUCCACAGAGACCAGUUGCUCCGCAGAGACCGAGCGCUCCGCAGAAAGCGAUUGUCCCACAGCAAGCGGCUGGUCCGCAGUCAACAUUCCGCCGCCCACCACCUCCACAUCUGGCGGGGAAAGUAUAUAAAAAGAAAGACGCUAAGGAACGAGUCUUAAUCCGUUCAGCUACGUGGCGAAACCAACUCGCGUCUGCUGUUGGGAAAGAAGUUUUGAAUCUCGAUUGCGACUUGCAAGGUGUUGCCCGCGAAAAAGUUUUGACGGAGGUAAAGCGUGCUAUACGCAUUCGGGUGCAGAAAAUGUUUGGUGAAAAUCAUAAAAUGACUUUACCUGAUAUGUUAAAGUUAUAUAGGGAGAAGUAUACAGUUGAAACUGAUAAAGAAUUCUUCAAUGAAGUUAUGGCACACGUAUUGAAGGAUGGAGUCUAUCCAGAUGAUGAAGGCUUGUUAAAAGACAUUCCACACCAAAAUAUGGGCCAGAAUUUGAUACCGAAGGAGGAACCAGAUGAAGACAUCAUGCCUCAGUAUCCGCAAGGAGAUAAGAGGUUGAAUAAAUCUGUAAAGAGAACAAAUACGAUAAUGUUUGAAAAUGAGACCAUGCUCGUCUCUCAGCUGGACCCUGCCAUGCAGAAAGUGCUUGCUGAAGAGGUUGAAGCCGUCAGCGCAUCCGUUGCGGAGGAGCUCCAAGUGGAGCCGGAGCCAGAAUUCAAGGACGCCCACAACCGCCUCAAGGCUUCACUCGUCGAUGACUUCAGCAAGGCUCUCAAAGUGAAUAUUGCAAAACGGGUCCUGAAUGUUGGUCCGAUAAUGGUGAGGAUAUUCAGCAUUCCGAAGAUUGUGACCAGGACCAAGUUGAUACCAGUUCUGUCCCAGUUUGGUAUAACCAGCCUCAGGAAGUCGGAGUUUAAGAAACCUCCAAUCUACUACGGGACCUGCGAGUCGUAUGAGGCUCACGACAAACUAUGUGCUAUGGAACCGAUUCUAGUUGAUGGAUGCACAAUAAGAAUGAAACCUUUACAUCUGACUGGGAAAAUGAAAUGGUCAGGCAACUCUUCAGGCAAGAAUACAGCAUCACAAGACGUGACUGAAUCCACUGAGGAAUACUAUGAUUUAGACGAAGAAAUGGGAGAGGAGUUACAUGCAGAUGGUAACAAUAGCCAGGAGGAAGAUGAUGAUCAAAUGAACGAAGAAAUCGCUGACUCAUUCGACCAAGACGCUAGCAAUGAGCAAGAAGUUGAUGAAAAAGAAACGUCUGAACGUAACGACAGUCAAAACAGUAUUACACCAAGCACAGAAACCAAAAUAGAAACGAGUGCUGAUGAAAACACACAAGAAACAUUGGUCACUUUAGUAGAAGACAGUAAUGGACCUACGGAAGUGGAAAGAGAAAACAAAAUAGACAAUGUGGAUCAUGCAGUAGAUAAAACAGUUGAGAAAGGUGAAACUAAUGAUGGGAUUGAAGGAGAAAGCUGCAAUGAAAAUGAUGGCAAUUAUGAUGAAAACGAAGGAGAUUAUGGUGGUGAUGAAGAGGGAUAUAAUAAGAGUGGUAAUGAUGAAAUGCAAGAAGGAGGAGAAGAUUUAAUGGGAGAAGAAGAAGAAGAUCCAAAUGAUUAUGAGGAUAUUGACAUGGACAACGUCGAUGAAAAUGAUUUAGAAGAUUGGUAAUUUACUUAUCAGAAGUAGUAUUGUGUUAUUAAAUUAAGAUUGUAAAAAUAUUUUUGAAUUGUAAAUUCCAAAUCGAGUGAAGUGUAGAUUUAGGUUUUAGAUAUUUUUUUCUGUACUUAGUAUCAACAUACUAUACCGGACUUGCAUUGAUCUGGGUUUUUACCCAGUGUUAAGCAAAUAGCCGUUAUCUUUGUUGGGGAAGCUAUAUUAAGUCCCACAAGGUAAAUUAAAAUAAGUUAAAUAAGUCGCUCCCCUCGCCCGGUGUUAUGCGGCGAAUAGUUUAUUUAUUAUUUAUUUAUAUAAAGGUGCACUUAACAAUUUUUUGUAGUUAAAAUAAACUUGUGUUAUAAUAAGUAUCGAUAGCGUGGUCUAUCUGUAUCCACUAUUUAAUUUAGGCAUAACAUGAUUUUUAUAAAAAUAAAAUUUUCCAAGGAU